GUAAGCAGAAAAUUAGAGAUCAUCAGCUGGGCAAUUUGCAUUCUCUAGGUAAAAAUUAGAGAUCAUCAGCUCUGCAAUUUGGUUCUAGGACUUCUCUGCUUCUAUCCAUAAUUUGCUUGAUUGCAGCGUCCUGUGUCAAUGAUAUUGUUUGGCUAUGCUCGCCCUCAUUUGCAACUGUACUAAUUUCUUUGCCACUUGCACAGAGAUGAGCUUUUCCUUUCUUACUUUCCUUAACUGCAUGCAAAUUAAUUUAUCAUAUGAUUACAUUUUUAUUCAAUCUGUUCUGUUGAAUUAAUUUUAGAUUUCUUGGAUGAAGUAGUUCAGAAGCCCACUGUGCUUAUUGGCAACUCUGUUGGAAGUCUUGCUUGUGUAAUUGCUGCCUCAGGUAGUUAACUUCUUGAUGGCUGAAAGAAUCUUUUCCCUGCCUUUUUGCUUUCAAAGAAAUAUAUCAGGUAGACUGGUUAGCCUUUUGACAUUGUACUGUUGCCAUGAAGAAUCUAGUCGAAACCUGGUUCAUGGGCUUGUGCUGUUAAACUGUGCUGGUGGAAUGAACAACAAGGCAAUUGUCGAUGAUUGGCGGAUCAAGCUCAUAUUUCCUUUGCUUUUGUUCAUUGAUUUCUUGUUAAAGCAACGACGGAUUGCUUCAGCAAUCUUUGAACGUGUCAGACAGAGGUAUUCUGCUCUGUUGGAGUAAUAACUAUCCAAAGUUCAAUACUAAAUGAUUGGCUACUUAUGUUGGCGGUAUGGCCAAUGCAGAGAUAAUCUGAAGAAUGUUUUACUAUCCAUUUAUGGAAACAAAGAAUCUGUGGAUGAUGAAUUGGUUCAGGUAUUACUCUUCUUCUUCUUAAUGAAUAUAUCAUUUGUUGAUAAUGUUUUACUUGCUAUCCAUGUUUAGAACCUGAUAUAUGCAGAUCAUUAGUGAACCAGCAAAUGAUGAAGGUGCUCUUGAUGCUUUCUUCUCAAUUGUCACAGGACCCCCAGGGCCAAAUCCUGCACAGUUGAUGCAAAAAAUUUGCCUACCUGUACUAGUUCUAUGGGGUGACCAAGAUCCUUUCACCCCUCUUGAUGGGCCUGUCGGUAAAUUCUUCUCUUCCCUGCCCUCUCAGUUUUCAAAUGUAAGCCUUUAUGUGUUGGGAGGGGUAGGACACUGCCCCCAUGAUGACAAACCUGACCUAGUUCAUGAAAAGUUGCUUCCAUGGUUGGCUCAUCUUGCUGCUUUGUGAGUACAGGAAUCAGUGUUCUCUGUAUAUUUGGAUUUUAAUAGCAAGCUUAUCCCUAGUAAAAUUGAACCAGGAAUGUACUAUGCAUUUACCAUUUUGUACCUGAAUUUUGUUCACUCCAUGAUAAUUUUGUAUUGUUGAAGAAUGUUCAGAUUUAGGAGGUUUAUUACCGUAUUGUAUUUACCAACUUGUCAAUCAUCAUCAAUCAACUACGUACAUAUAAAGUCCAGUUUGAUGG